AUGCGCGUCCUGGUCCUAGUAGCAUGCGUCGCGUGGACGCUCGCUGUAGCCCUCGCAGGAAGCGACAGCCAGGGUCAUGCUGGUGCCGACGCUAUUGCCGAUGCGCAGAUCACGCCUAAUGGCCCGCCAAUUCGUCUAGGUCAGGUCGACUUCAAUCCCGCUGCGACCCCGUCGUCGUUGUCGUCAGCAUCGCAGGGCGACGCAUCCGACGGGAUUCUUACCGCCCCAAAGACAACCUGUUCGUUCGCGCUGCGAGAGGGUGAAUCGCCGUACGCCAUCUUCGCGCCGUGCAAGCCAACGUCCACCAGUGCGCGAGUGCAGGCCGUUCUUGAAGUCGUGCUGCCGGCGGCCAUAAAGGCCGUCAAUUGGACCGCGAAGCUGUCCGGGACCUACGCGCCGUGGUUCCGCCCUUCGCACUGGUUCCUCCCAAGCGACGUGGAAUCGAUGCUUCGAAUCGCGUCGUGGUGCACCGGAUUGACCGACUUCGGCGACACGGGCUUCCUGAAGGCUCUCGCGCUCUGCGUGCACGACACGGAGAGAUACGCGAGUCUCACGCCGUUCGGCCGCAUCGCCAUCUGGCUCGACGUGCAGCGCAUGCUGCAAGGCCGGCUGCGCCUCGUCGACUGCCGCAAGCGCUUCCCGGAAAUCGAGGAGCAGCAGAUUCGCGCCCCGAUGGUCAUCUUGGGAAUGCCGCGCACCGGCACGACGCUGAUGUACAACCUCCUGUCGCUUGACUACGAGCAGUUCCGCUCGCCGCGCUCGUGGGAGUGCCGCUACGUGUACCCGCCGCCGCAGGCGGAGACCUUCCGCACGGACCCGCGCGUUGCGCUGAUGGAGGACACGCUGCGCGCAGUGCACGCGGUGAUUCCGGAUCUGCGCACCAUCCACCCGAUGUACCCGGAAGGCCCGCAGGAGACGUUCGAGCUGAUGUGCUACGGCAUGACGUCGUUUGUUAUUCCGUUCACGCACAUCAACGCGCCGACGUACCUGGAGUGGUUUAUGCGCUCCGAUAUCACCCCCACGUACGAGUUUCUCAAAUGGCAGCUCAAGUACCUCCAGUGGCGGGGACCCAAGGCGCCGCAGUGGUUGCUAAAAUCGCCGGAGCAUAUUUUCUCUUUGCGGUCUAUGCUCAAGGUGUUUCCCGACGCGCGGAUUAUCUGCACGCACCGCGAUCCCGUGAAGGUGAUUUCGUCCGCGCAUAGUCUGAUGCGGUGCUUCCGCUCGCUGACGUCGGAUCCGGUGGAUAACAGCAUGAUCGCGCCGCUGUGGGCGCCGCAUCUCGCGCGUGCGCUGGAUGACAUGAUUGACCUGCGCGAAACGGCGACGCUCGGAGCGGACAGUAGCGGGGACGAGGAGGAGGCUUUUAUCGGGGACGAGGAGAGCGCGGACGAGAGCGGGGAUGAUAGCAGCAGCAGCAGCGGCAGCAGCAGGGGAGGGGCGCGGAGCUUGACGAGCAGCAGUGGGAGGAGCAGCAGGAGCAGCGAUUGUGCUGCAAGGGAAGGGGCGCCCUCCGACGGCGUGGAUGCGUUGCAGCAGUGGGACUCGUCGUUGGCCGUGGAUGUGCGAUUCCACGAGUUUGUGCGAAACCCGAUUGGCGAAAUCAAGCGAAUUUACGCGCAUUUCGGCGACGAGCUGUCGCCAGUGGCGGAGGCCCGGAUGCAGCGGUAUCUAGACGAGGACCGGCUGGAACGGAAAGCGCACCGCCACGUGUACAAGUGGGAAGACACGUGUCUGGAUAAGGACCAGGAGAGAAAACGGUUCGCCCGGUACGUGCAAUACUUUAACGUGGCACAGGAAGGCUAG